AUGGUAGCAGCAUCCAAAGCGAUGUGGCUGCGGGUGAGCUGCGGGGCGUAUCUUUUGCUGCUCGCUGCGACGGAUGUAGCAAAUCCACUGCAAGCAGCGCUUGAUGCGGAUGGUGACUGCCAAGGCUCUGACUGUGCGCUGAGUGCCCUGCAGGUGCGGGCGAGCGCCGAAGGUAGCUGCGGCUUUAGCUUUUCCGACUGCUUCGCUACGGACGAGACAUCCAGUUCGUCUCUAGAUCCUCUGACGUCCCUGUCGGCCUCACUCUACGACGAUCUCAUUAUGCCAGCGCCAGCGAUGAAUGGCACGACGGAGGAUAUGGCAGCGCUGCGGUACAAUCUUCUGGCGAACAGCGCCAGCACUGUGUUGACGCAGUGGUCCUUCCUUUCGGAUCAGAAUAUCUUCGCCUACAGCGCCGCUGUGGGUGCCAACCUGGAGAGGGAUGCGCCCACGCUCUCGGCCUGCAUCGUGGCUUUCUACAAGCCGAUACACGCAUUAAAGGACUACUUCAAGGAGAAAGUGAAGCGGCCAAGGCCCUUUGUCGCACAUCCCGACCUGAAGCCGUGUCUUCCGGAGGAGUUCACUUUCUCGUACCCCAGCGGCCAUGCGACCUUCUAUGCAGCAACCGAAGAGUUGUUGGGAGCUUGGUUCCCACUGCAGAGGGACCGCAUCGGGUACGUCAGUAGCAGCGGCGUAGGUGCGCGAGCCACCUGUGCUGUCCACUAUCCUUCUGAUGCGAAUGCCGGGCGGAAGUUGGGCAAGAUGGCCGCGAUUGAGGUGAUGCAGAUGCCGCAAUG